AUGAUAUUCAACUUGGCUGUGCAUGUACAUGACACUGGCAGUAAUGGCGAUUUGGUCCAAGAAACCGCACCAUCCAAUGAUGGGCGUGCAGAAGAUUCAGUUCAGGAAUCCCCAAUAUCCAAUAAUAUAAAUAAAAAACGUGGAAUAACGCUAAUGCAGCGUAUAUGGGCUCUUCCACCGAACAAGAAACUUGUAUGUGGGUUAAAUGGGAGCAAGCAACCGGUUGGGGAAAGCGGGCAAACAUUCAAAAGUGUUUUAACUGAUUUGUUUGUUUUAAUUUGUUGGCGGGAAUGUGUAAAGGAAUUAGUGGAUACGAACAAGAGAAGUCGUUCGUUUCAGAAGGAUAUAGCGAGGACAGGGCCUAUAAGUUUUGCACAAACUGCUGAUAAUAUGGCAAAAGAAAACGGCCAAGCAGUGGAGCGUGCAGAUGUUUUCAUAAAAGCAUACAGCAAGAAAGAUGGGACUCCUAUUAGUAAUGAAGUGCGAGACAAGAUUGAUAAAAUGAAAGAAAUUUUAAACAACGGGGGCAAGCUAGUAGGAGACCAUCGCGAUGGAAUUCUCUGGGCAAAAGAUGAUGCGUUUGCUCAAGUGAUGGGCGAAGAACGUUCUGGACGUGUCCGUGGGGUCGGUUUUGGACCAACCCCAUCAGGAAGAAGUGGGUCCAACCUUCCAUGUGUGCUUGGGCCGUCGUCCACUGAAACGGUCCAACGAAUGAUUGCAUUGGAAAAUUCGAUGAGGGACCAACUUGCUGACUCAGAGCAAAGGCAUCAGCAGCAACUGGCCGAAGCACUGGCCGAAGCAAAGCGGGAGUCAGAUGCACGGCAUGAGCAGCAACUAGCCGAAGCACUGGCCGAAGCAAAGCGGGAGUCAAAUGCACGGCAUGAGCAGCAACUGGCCGAAGCAAUGCGCGAAUCAGAAACACGGCAUCAGCAGCAGCUAGACGAAACAAAGCGGGAAAUGGCCGAUACAAAGCGGAGAAUGGAUGAAAUAGUAGCCUUCUUCCAAAAGAACAUGCCACCAUCCAGUUUAACUGGAUAUUCAGGAUAUAGCGCAACAUCAUAGUAUAAUAUCUUCGUGGACUCUUCAUGGACUCUUCAUGUAUAAUUGUUUGGAUAUUCGGAA